AUGUCGACUAAGGAGGAUCGUGCGCUGCUGGAAAAGCCGUUGGACCAGUCUGUGCCAAUGUCAGAAUCGUCGGAUUCAUCCACGUGCGGGUGUCGGAGGUUGCCCCUCUCGGUGUUCUGGAUAUGGGUGAACCUCAUCGUCUGCGGCGUCUCGAACCAGCGCCUCCCGGAAUCCGUCCUCGAGGACGAACUCAACAAACCAUGGCGGCCCAUCGCGGCGAAGAGACUGACGCCGGACCAAGCACAGAAGCUGCUGCUUACCAUCAUCCCCUUGGUGAUGGGUAUGAGUCUGUUCAUCGGUGGCUUCGCGCCCUCGGUGACAAUGAUGGCCUUAUUAUGGACGUACAACGACCUUGACGGCAGUAGUAUCAACAUUUGGUCGCGAAACUUGAUCAACACUGGAGGAAUCAUGUGCUUCAGCGCGGGAUCGUUGGAGGUUAUCUCGGGUGGCCAACUCCUACCCAAGGCUUGGAUUUGGAUUGGGUUGACAGGAGCCGCCAUCGCAACCACGGUACAGGCGCUCGACUUUCCUGACAUGCAAGGCGACUGGGCUAGAGGACGACAGACCAUCCCACUAGUCUACGGGGAGAAGGCGUCCCGCACAGGACUGGCCGUUGCGGUGCUGAUGUGGUCGGCGGUGUCUCCGUACUUUUGGAAUCUCAGUCUGGUUGGAUGGGCGGUGCCGAUGGGGUUUGGGUCUGUCAUGGCGGUUCUGACGGUCGCGAGAAGAGACGAGAAGUGUGACAAGAUUGUGGCGAAGUUGUGGUGUUUGUGGAUGUCUACGUUGUUCUUCUGGUUCUUCGAGGCCCGAAAGGCGCCCGAGAAUGCGCCGCUGGCCAUCUGGCUGAAUGGUGGGCCCGGCGCGUCGUCCAUCAUGGGACUGCUUGAGGAGAACGGCCCAUGCUUCGUCAACGAGGACUCCAAGACGACGCGACUCAACCCGUUGAGCUGGAAUAAUGAGGUGAACCUUCUUUACAUCGAUCAGCCGAACCAAGUGGGCUUCUCUUACGAUGUUCUCACCAAUCUCACCGCGCAUAUGAACGAAGAGGGGUACAUGGAGUCGUUCCCUGCUGACUUCAGCGACGGGAUCCCGGAGUCUGGCAACUGGACUUAUCGAUACGGUACUGCGUCGAGCCAGAACAUAUCUCAAACUGCCCACACCACGGCGCAUGCUGCUCAUUCGCUGUGGCACUUUGCCCAGACGUGGUUCUUUGAGUUCCCGUUCUACAAGCCCAUCGAUGACAAAGUGAGUCUCUGGGCUGAGUCGUAUGGCGGGCACUAUGGGCCUGGUAUCCUGAAGCACUUCCAAAAUCAGAAUGAGCUGAUCCAGAACGGAAGCUCGCCCGAGAAGGAUGCUCACUACAUCCAUCUCGAUACUCUGGGUAUCGUCAACGGCCUCAUUGACUUUGUCAUCCAGGCUGAGACAUGGAUCACGUUCCCAUACAAUAAUACAUACGACAUCCAAGUCUUCAACCAGUCCAUCUACGAUGAGCUGAUAUACAACUGGACCCGCCCCAACGGUUGCCGUCAACAGAUGGCCGAUUGCCAAGACGCCCUGAAAGAGCACGGCCCGUUGCUCGCAAGCGGCAAGAAGAAUUACACAGAGAUUUGUGGCGGUUUUACCAGCGAAUGCGAAAAUAAAGCUGUUGGACUUUACCAGUCAAUCGGUAACGGGUGGUACGACAUCGGCCAUCCCAAGCACGACCCCUUCCCGGCCCCGCAUCUGUACGGAUACCUCAUCGACGAAGAGGUGCUUUCUUCUCUCGGAGUUCCGGUGAACUACUCGGAAUCUUCAAGCGCCGUGGGCAGGGCUUUCAAUGAGAACUUUGACAUCAUCCUGGGCGGAUUCAGCGAGUCGAUUGGGUAUCUCCUCGACAGCGGAGUCAAGGUUCACAUGAUGUACGGUGAUCGCGAUUAUGCAUGCAACUGGGUUGGCGGGGAGAGGGUGAGCCUGACGAUCCCCUACAAGCGCUCCGAGGACUUCGCCAAGGCCGGGUACGCCCCGCUCGUGACGCCGGACGGCAUCACGGGCAUGACGCGGCAGUUCGGCAACUACAGUUUCUCGCGGGUGUUCCAGGCCGGCCACGAGGUGCCGUCAUACCAGCCCGUGACGGCGUACGAGAUCUUCAUGCGGGCGACCUUCAACCGCGACAUUGCAACCGGGCUGAUCCCGGUGACUGAUGAGCUGGCGACCGUUGGCCCUCUGGACAUUUGGCACAUCAAGAACGUGCCGCCUGCACAGCCAGACCCCGCCUGCUAUGUGCUGAAGCCUGACACUUGCGCGCCCGAGGUGUGGGAGAUGGUGAAGAACGGUACUGCGUUGGUGAGAGAUUACUACGUUGUUGGGACCAUCGAAGAAGAUGGCGAUGAACAAGUUACGCAGACGAUUCAGGGUCCGGAGAAGGGCGAACAGCAGGUUGCCGAGGAGCUGUAA